AUGAUGGGCGACUGGACAACGAACCCGCUCGUGAACGAGCGCAAGCCUGAGUCCAAGAUGGACUCCUCCAAGGCCGCAAGCAAGGUCGGCGGCGCCAACCAGGCGUGCGGCGAGGCGUCCGACGGCUCCGACUCGCCGCCCUACACGCCCUCGGGCACGCCCCUCUCGCCCAAGAAGCGGGCCAAGAAGCCCUCGCUCGACUCGCCGCGCUGCGGCCCUGGCCGCCUCUGCCAGCCCCACCUGCUCAGCAUCUUCAUCGCUUUCCUCGCGGUCGUCGGCAUGGGCGACGGCGGCACAGCCGCGCUCCUGGUGCUCUGCGCGAACAACAUCAACAACCGGUUCGUCUCCACCGGGCGGGACGUGACGUGGCGCCCCACCAUGGCGGCAUGCUAUGCCGCGUGCGAGGAGUACUACGAGCCGACCCCGCCCUGGGCCAAAAAGAAGAUAGGCUGCCUUACGCCAUCGUGCCCGAGGGCGACCUCUGACCCGGCGGUGCAGGGGCGGGACGAGGGCCUGAGCUGCGACCAGCUCCACGCUGUAUCCAGAGACGGUUUCGUGACAGCGUGCAUGGAGGAGGAGAGCGUGGAAAUCGGAGUCGUCGGCAACCUCUCUACAGAUUCUUCGGGGAGAACGCGGCAGUGCGGGGGGACCUUUGUUGUCGAGACUGACCCGGACGCCACGAAAGCCAGGUGCAUGGAAGCAACGGGUGGUAAGGAGUGUGAGUUCAUAGACGCAGAGAAAGGAGGUACGGUUGUUGACGCUGUCAACCGCACGAUGUACUGGGAGACGAAUGGAACCCGCGGGUUCGCCACCUGGAAUUUGUGCUGCACUAGCGGCGACUUGCUCUUAAAGUGCCCAUGA